AUGGAGAAAUCGUUGCGCACAUCAGAGUACAUUGAUAUGACCUACAAGUAUGAGUUAAGUGUCGGCAGAGGGGGAGGUCAAGCAAAUGAAAGCAACGAUAAUGAAUUCGUAAAAAGAUGUAGUCAGGAAGGAGACAUCGCUGAGGACGGGAAUCUAAAACAAAGGCAACACUCUUCUGGAGGAAGAGGAAUAAGAAUGGAAAACCUAGGAAUAGACACCAGAAAGAUGUGCCUUCGGAAGACGAAGAAAUCUAUGAUGGGCAAAAACACAAUAACGGCCGUAGACCAAAACCCGGGAAGUAAGUUUCAUCUAGUGCUAAAUGAACGGUUUUAA